AUGAGUGAGGGUGAACCUAUUGCAGUGAAGGUGAGUCGUCGAAUCGCUGAUCUCGAUGAUGAGUCAAGUGAGGAAAAAAGGGAAGAAGGGGAUGAGGAUAGUGAUGAUGAAUCAUCAUCUAGUGGGACUUCUCCUGCACCAUCUGAUAGAGAGGACUAUGGUGAAGAGGGUCUUGAUACUGAUGAGGAUGAACGGUGGAAGAAGAGAGAAAGGCUAGAGAGAUAUGAACGUCGUUGGAUUAAGACAAGAUGUGAAAGGAAUAAGAGAGAAAGGCUAGAGAGAUAUGAACGUCGUUGGAUUAAGACAAGAAGUGCCACAGAAAGUGAAAGUGAUGAGGAAGGUGGAGAAGCAGUAAAACUUGAUGAGGAUGAUAGUAGCAGUGAGGGAUCUAAUGAUCCAGAAAAAGAGGCUAGAGAGAGACAAAGGCAGGAGAAAGAUGAUGCAGAAAUGUAUCUACUCUAUUUGGCAUAG